AUGGAUAAGUACGUGAUGGAAUUAGGGACCGGCAGUCCGGUGGUGGUAUUUAGCAAAACCAAUUGUUGCAUGUCGUACGCAAUAGUCAUGCUAAUACGUGGUUUUGGGGCAAGCCCUGUUGUUUAUGAACUCGAUAAUUUACCUUAUGGACGACAAGUGGAGAAGGCAUUGAUGGCAUUAGGGUGCGACCCGAGUGUACCGGCCGUGUUCAUAGGGCAAGAGUUCAUCGGUGGCUCUAAUGAGAUCAUGAGCCUCAAUGUCAAGGGUAAGCUCAAGCCAUUGCUCAUCAAGGCCAAUGCUAUAUGGAUGUAG